AUGAUGCCCAGCAUGUGGACCAUCCCCUUGCUGCACUGCAUCGGCUGCUGCCAAACUGUCUGCAGUGGGGCAUGCCUGGCAAGUCACCGCGACAGGUACUGCUGCCAUAACCCCAGCUGCAUCUUCCACGCGCCGUGUCCCGCCCCACCUGAGCCGAGGGAGCCAAGGACCACCCGGCCCGCCAUCACCUCUUCGACGACCGAGCAAGCACCGACCCCCUCGACCGACGAUGCGGCCCAAGCAGAGGAAACCCCGGCGGCCACGUCGGGGGACCCGAACGUGAUUUGCAGGGAGACGAUCACACGCGAGUGGCGCCUGGUCGGUGGAGAUGGUACGCCCGCCGCUGGGCAGACUGCCGCGGCGGCCCCGACUUCCACCCCGCCGGCAACUUUCACCAUUGAAGAGUUCGAGGCACAGGCGCGACUACUGGCCCAGUUCCAGCGACCUCAGGUUCCGCAGGCGCAAAGGGGACGGGCAAAUGCUAGCGCUCGUGGGAGCGGGGGUGUGCAUGGGGCCAGGAGGCCUAGAGUUCGGAUUGAGUUCGAUUAG